GAGAUAAACAACAAGAUGGCUGAGAGACAGUGCUGCUGUUGUUGAAAGGCCAGCUCCUCCUUAAAUCAGAGGGAAACAGAGGCUUCAUUUGGCUGCACAGCGGGGACUUUGAGCAGCAAACAAAGCGGCCGAUUCACUCCGUGGCCACUACUCGACCCAGAAGCCUCUCUGUCCGUGUGGCGAAGCUCCUCCAGGUGAAACCAACCUGUAGGACCUGAUUACCUGCGGCCCGCCUCUUCCAGGUCAGGGUGGAGCAGUCUCCGCGUAGGAAACAACAGCAGACAGGUGGCGAAAAGGUUCAGAAAUGACAUUCUAGUUGGAUUUCAGACCAGAUCCAUCGUCCUCACAGUAUGAGUCAACCGCCUCGCUCCAACCGGGGAAACCGGGAGAGGAACGGAGAGCGGCGGCCGCCCCGGGAAUACAGGAAGUCCUCUCCGGACCACACGCGGUCCCUUCCGGACAGCUCCUCCUCUCGACCCCCUUACAAACCUCGGCACGCCGACCCCCCUCCCAGCCGGGACACCACCCGGGUGAGGCAUGAAGACUCCAAAUGUAACAACAUCUGCUCCAGGAGAGGCAUCGUGCUCAUCUGCUCUGUCCUGACCAACGGCCUCGUCCUGAUCUGCGUGGUCGCGGCUCAGAUGGUGAUGUCGGGCCUGUCGUCGAUGGGCGGCAUGGGCAGUUUCAACAUCAACUCCAACUUCAACAUGCAGGGCACUGAGCUGGAGCAGGCGCGGCAACUGGACAUGGAGUACAGCCAGAUGAGGGCGCCGGGCAUCUACGGCGGCGUCGCCUUCAGCCUGACCUUCGGCGUCGUCUCGCUGCUGUUCGUGGUCGCCGGGAGCAAACCGGCCUACCGCACGUCCCGGAAGCUCCUGGUGGGGGCGUUGGCGUUCCAGGCGGGGGGCGCCGUGGCCUACGUGGUGGCCGUCGGCCUCUACCUGCACUUCGUCAUCCGGGUCAACUCCACGGACGUGUGCAAGCGGCGGGAGAUCCUGUACACGCGCAACGGCUACACGUGGAUGAACUGCAGCGUGGGCGGGGCCGACGCGGCCGUGGCGCUGUUCGGCCUCAUCACGGCCAUCCUGUACACGGCCGGCACCGUGAUCACGGUCCAGACCGUCAGAGGGGUGAAGCGCUACCUGCAGGAGAGGAAGAGGCGGGAGGCGGAGAAACAGCGGAGCAGGGCCGACCGUCGGACGGGCGAGCUGAUGGCCGACAACGUCUUCGUGUAAGGCCCGGUUUGGCUCAGGAGCCGCUCCAAAGAAAGGAGGAGCCACUUAAAACGGGAGCUGAAACGGAUCAUGCAAAAAUAACCUGAAACUCAAGAUUAAGCCCAACUCUGCUGACAUCUUUAUCAUUGAUGGAAUCUUCUUCUUAAUGACAAUUGUCUAAUUUUUUUAAUUAAUUACACCAACAGAGAUUUCAGCGUUUUUUAGUUCCAUCCAGCAGCUGCGGGACUGAUUCAUACGCAGAGGCUAUGAGCCACGUCAUUAACGACAAA